CCCCCCUGCCCCGUUUGCCCACGUUCCUUCCGACAGGUGUAAGGCAGCGACGUCGGCAGGAGCAUGGCCCGUACCAAGCAGACCGCCCGCAAGUCCACCGGCGGCAAGGCGCCCCGCAAGCAGCUCGCCACCAAAGCCGCCCGCAAGAGCGCGCCCUCCACUGGCGGGGUGAAGAAGCCGCACCGCUACAGGCCGGGUACUGUGGCUCUGCGUGAAAUCAGGCGCUAUCAAAAGUCCACCGAACUUUUGAUCCGCAAACUCCCCUUCCAGCGUCUGGUGCGUGAAAUUGCUCAGGACUUCAAGACAGAUCUGCGCUUCCAGAGCGCUGCCAUCGGUGCUUUGCAGGAGGCAAGUGAAGCCUACUUGGUUGGCCUGUUUGAAGACACCAACCUGUGUGCUAUCCAUGCCAAACGUGUCACAAUCAUGCCAAAAGAUAUCCAGCUAGCACGCCGCAUACGUGGGGAGCGUGCCUAAAACCUCACCACGAUGGGUUUGUCAUUCUCGAAGCAAAAUCUUCUUCCUGUUAUUGGUAGUAAUGAACGUUAGAUAUUUUUUCCAUGGGGUUAAAAGGUACCUUAAGUAUAUGGUUGCAAGUGGAAAAAUAGGGGACAGAAUUGGGUAUUGGCAAGUUUUCUUUCCAUUUUCAUUUGUGUGUGGAUUUUUAAUAUAAACAAGGGGACAUAAAAACAAUCAAUGUGGUCAAAAAAAUAAAAACAUUAAUUGUUGAAACUUGUUCACCAAAACAACUUUAUAAAAAAAAAAUAUAAAUAAACCUGUCAAAUUUUUCUGGACAAUGCCAGCAUUUGGAUUUUUUUAAACAAGUAAAUUUCUUAUCAAUGGCAACUAAAUGGUGUUUGUAGCAUUUUUAUCAUACAGUAGAUUCCAUCCAUUCACUAUACUUUUCUAACUGAGUUGUCCUACAUGCAAGUACAUGUUUUUAAUGUUGUCUGUCUUCUGUGCUGUUCCUGUAAGUUUGCUAUUAAAAUACAUUAAAUGAU